AUGCCCGCCGACGCCUUGCAGGAUGCCGGCCGCGCGUGCUCCUACGGGAUGACGCUCAACUGGGACAUCAACGACCCGCAGAUGCCUCCGGAGCCAGCCCACUUCGACCACUUCCGGGAGUGGCCCAAUGGCUACGUGCGCUUCAUCUACAGCAGUGACGAGAAGAAGGCGCAGCGCCACCUGAGUGGCUGGGCCAUGCGCAACACCAACAACCACAACGGCCACAUCCUCAAGAAGUCGUGUCUGGGCGUGGUGGUGUGUGUGAGGGCCUGCACCCUGCCGGACGGCUCCUGCCUGCAGCUGCGGCCGGCCAUCUGCGACAAGGCGCGCCUAAAACAGCAGAAGAAAGUGUGCCCCAACUGUCAUUCUGCUUUGGAACUGAUUCCGUGUAGAGGGCACAGUGGAUACCCAGUCACCAAUUUCUGGCGGCUCGAUGGCAAUGCAAUAUUCUUCCAGGCCAAGGGAGUCCAUGAUCACCCCAGACCAGAGAGUAAAGCAGAGACGGAGGCGCGAAGAAGUGCUAUCAAGAGACAGAUGGCCUCUUUUUACCAACCCCAGAAAAAGAGAACUCAAGAAACGGAGGCAGGAGAGAAUCAAGGCAGCGGUGGAUAUAUCAACAACAUCCCUCCGCUGGAAAGUCUGGAACCGUUUGAUAUCCUCACUGACAUGGGCUUCUCAAUCCCAGAACAGUCCUGCCCCUCCUUCCCAACCUCUGAUGCUUACAAAGCGCCUGGUGACCUGGCCGCCUUUCAAGGGGAUGUCAUGCCGCCCUUUCAGAAAUAUCCAAACCCAAGAAUCUAUUUGCCGAGGCCUCCUUACAACUAUGAGUUGGCAGACCCUGGUUAUUCAAGUUCAAGUCCCUAUCCCAUCCUUUAUAAAGAUCCCAGCAGUAUUCCUCCUGACACAGACCGGGCCCGUCUGAAUGCCCGACAAUAUAAUGUCAACUCCUACAGUGGCUAUGAGCGAAGCCUUGAUUUUACCAGUAAGCCACAUGGCUGGAAACCAGCUCUUGGAAAAGCCAGCCUUGGGGAGAGGGCUGAGCAUGGACAGUUCCAGGCUAUGGCCACACACCCUUAUUAUAACCCAGAGCUUCCCUGCGGGUACCUUAGGGCUCCUGCACCAUGCACCCCUGCCUUACAGACGGUGAUCACCACCACCACCAAGGUGUCCUACCAGGCCUACCCGGCCCCUGCCCUGAAAUAUGGUGACAAUGUGCACGAGGGUAAGAGCCUUUUGAGCUGUAACUAUGCUUCUGACAGUGCCCUGAUGUCCGCCUAUCCAGAAACUUUGGACUCUCCAGCUUCUGUCACCAGGGCGGCCUCUCCAGUGGGACCACUUCCUCUGAAACUUCCAGGAGACUGCCAGGUCAUCAGACCCUCUAUGGUUUUUCCUCAAGAGUCGGCUCCUUCCAGGAUGGAUGGAGCAGAGACCUGGGCUAUGUGUCCAUCUGGGUGGGGCUCUGCAGUCAGCUACUCGGAUCGAGCUGGGCUGUUCCUGAGCUAUGACAGCGAGGAUUUUUGAAAGACAGUCCAGGGUGCAACAUUGUGUUGGCGUGCAUGCCGGCGGGGAAGGAGCGAUGACGACUGUCUCUUGUUGACUUGGUAGAAUCAUCGUGCGCAGUAGCGAAAGGAAUAGAGCAGAGAUGAUGCUGAGGAGCUGAGAAAAGGAUGAGCAGGCACAUCGGAGACCA